ACAGCAGCGUCCCUUCUCUUCGCCGUGAAAUCCGCCGGUCCCUCCCUCUACGGCGGGUGCGCCGGUGCGCGCCCGCCACGCCGUCUAGAUCCAUCCGCCCGCCCGCCCCUGCUUCGAGGCGACCUCUGCCCACACAAAUUGGAGAGCACGGCGCGGGGAGGACACCAUUGCUGAUCCGUUCCGUUUCAUGCGCCUAAUUUGUCUUAUGGUGAAUAAAAGGCGUGGUGGUUGCACAGAUCAUCUCUGUGAAAUUUGUUUGGAGCACCUUUCAGCUGCUCGCCAUUUCGGCUCAUGUCUGAUGAGCUCAUCUCACAGCGUCCCUGUUUGUUUGUUUUGUCAAGCCUCAGGCCCGUUGGUUUUGCCUAAUAAUAGUAGCGUGCUUUCUGCUCCUCGGACCCUUCAAAAAACAGAAACAGUGCAAUGCCCAGCUUUGACGCUACUAGUACCGGAAAUUGACUUAUCCCAACGCUUUCUGUUACACAUGGUAUAUCAAGGGGACUAUUGUCUAUUGGCAGGAAAAAAUGUUCCAAAGUACGAUGGCACCAACAGACUAUAGAUUUAAUGUAAUCCUGGCACAGUGAAUGCCUUGUGAAUGGGAAGUUCUUUCUCAAAGCAAACCAAGUCACGCCUUGGGAACUCUAUACUAACUCACUGGCUGUUGCUUUGGGUACAAGUUUUGUCUCUCUGGGACCAGUUAUGUUUAUAGCUAAUCUAAGUUUCAUCUUAGCAUGUAGAGUACUUUCUAUGUUCUGUAAAGCGCAUGUUGAUCAACUAUGGGGAUUUAUGUGGUCAUUUGAUUAAUUAAACAGUGGAGGGAUAUGCCUAUGGUAUCCUUUGUGUUUAUAUCUUGGAAAUAAGAGAGAUAAUGGUCAGUAUGUGUGGCUUUGCAUGUGAAGGGGAGAGGGAAUGUGAACUAGGGAAAAGAAAGAAAAGGCCAUUCUGCAUAGGGAAAUGAUGUGCAAGAUGUAAAACUCUAUAGAAGCAGUGACUUAGCAAUGAUACUUGGGCUUGCACAGUGAUCGACAACCAUUUAAUUUUCAACUUAUUCAACUCAUUCUGAAUAGGAGGCUGAACAGGAAAGCAGUUUCUUAGUAUGUAUAAUCAGGUGUAGAACUAUUUCUUAUAUCAAUGACUUUUAGUUGUUACAUAACAUCAUUAGUAUUUUUUGGCACUUAUUUUGACUUAAGCAAAGCAUUUUUUUUCUUAUCAUGUAUACUCAGCCAAACCAAGCUAGUACACCAUCCAGCCAGCUGCAGAACUAUUUCCUUUAUCAAUGAAUUUUAGUCAUUACAUAACAUUAUUAAUAUUUGACAGGGUUACUGUACUCUUGUGAAACUCAAGAAAGAUCGCUGCUUCUAUAGGGUUGUUGCAGAAUGGCUUAUGGUGGAGAUGAGCAGCAAAGCCAGGAUUAUCUAUUCAAAAUUGUUCUGCUUGGUGACUCUUCUGUUGGCAAAUCAAAUUUGCUAGCCAGAUUUGCUAGGAAUGAGUUCUUUCCAAAUUCCAAGUCCACAAUAGGAGUGGAAUUCCAGACCCAGAAAUUGGUGAUAGAUGGAAAGGAAAUUAAAGCUCAGAUAUGGGACACAGCAGGACAAGAACGUUUCAGAGCAGUCACAUCUGCCUACUACAGAGGAGCCGUUGGAGCUCUUCUGGUUUAUGAUAUUACCAGGCGCCAGACAUUUGACAGUGUUGGCCGAUGGCUUAAUGAACUGCAUGCUCAUUCCGACAUGAACGUCGUCACAAUUCUGAUUGGCAACAAGACCGACCUCAAGCAUGCGCGGGAGGUGAGCACCGCGGAAGGCAAAGCCCUGGCCGAGGCCCAGGGCCUCUUCUUCAUGGAAACCUCGGCUCUGGACUCGUCGAACGUCACAGCAGCUUUCCAGACCAUAGUCAAGGAGAUCUACAGCAUACUAAGCAGGAAGGUGUUCCAAUCUCAAGAGCAGAAGAAAAGCGAGCUGCAGUCGCUAAGUAACGGGAAAGCCGUGGUGCUGCAGAACGACGCCCCCAGCGACACAAGCGGUGGCGGGAGGUGGUGCUGUUCGUCGUAG